AUGGAUUUUGCGCCGUACCAGUCCUCGCCACCCGAGCACGGCCGAGUAGCCUCUCCCGAGUAUAACGCAUCCCCGCGGGCUUCCACAGAUGCGAGCAAGAGACCAUUCUCGCCCGUCAAUGCCGCUCGCAGUCCGCCUCCGCUACAGCACCCACAACCCCAAAGGGCCUGGGCAGGCUUCGAUGGUCAGACGAGCGGUUGGUCUGGUGGAAGCGCCGCACCCGCGGCACAUUCUUUACCUGGCGCAUAUCCUGUGGCGGAAGUAAGCGAAUUCGACACAAGCCUCGGGCUCAGGCUCGACUACGAAGCUUGUCUUGCAUAUCUGGCGUUUCCGCCGGUCGGCGCCAUUGUGCUUCUAAUACUAGAGAGAAACAGCGACUACGUCAGAUUUCACGCAUGGCAAUCUGCAUUACUGUUUACGGCUAUCAUGAUACUCCACCUCCUCUUCUCGUGGUCGAAAUUCUUCAGCUGGGUCUUUUUCCUAGGCGAUCUCGCCUUGAUCGGGUUUCUCUCGCUCAAAGCAUACCGCGACGCUGAAAUACUAGACAGAUUUGAAGUUCCAUUCUUCGGAAAGAUAGCAACGAGGAUACUAGAUGACGAGUAA